AUGAGUGAUAAUAUAGGUAAAGCUAAUAUCGAAGUGGACGUGGUGCGUUUAGAUUCGGACAUUAUUGAUGAACAUCUUCGAUCUUCGACCGCGGUGUUACAUGACAUAUUGAAUGGUGAAAAUGAACGACGCGCCGAGAACGGUGGACAAUCUUGUCCUCAUUGCGGAAAGCUAUAUAAGAACGCAAAUACUUUGCAAAUGCAUUACAUGCUUAAACAUCCUGAAAACCAAAUUGAGGUUCAGUGCGCGUCGUGCAACAAAAAGUAUCCGUCUUUGUUGAGCUUGCAGAAACAUAUACGCUACAUGCACCGAUACAAGCAUCGAUGCAAGGCUUGUUAUAGGACGUUCGCGUCGCCAGAAAUGCUGGAAGGUCACGGUGCGUAUUGCAGCAAAUCCGAGGCGCCGUGUGAUGUAUGCGGCAAGAUAUUUAACUCCAAGCUGGCCCUUCGCAACCACUUCAAGUACAAACACCCCGAACAUAAGAAUUAUUAUUGUAAUAUGUGCAGAAGAUCGUUUAUGAGCGACCGUGGGCUGGCAAAUCACAUCGCCUCAAUCCACCCCCCUGGCGCCACCGAAUGCAUCUGGUGCGAACGGGUCUUCAACUCCGUACCGGCGCUCCAAAGUCACAUUCUGCACAAGCACACGCGAGAUGGCGUCAGGUGCAUUCAAUGUCCGAAGCUGUUCAUGUCGAAACCGAGCCUCGAGCGUCAUUUGAUCAAGGAGCACGGUCGCGCGGAAGCUAACUACUUUUGUGGGGUUUGCAAUGACAACUUUGUAAACUCCUCUGAACUCGUCAGCCAUGUCAUGCAUAAACAUUCUGACGAAUUCCUAGAGGCGAUGCCGCGACCGGUGUUUAAUGGGGCGCCUUCGCCCGAAGCGGUGGAGUUAACAGACCGAGCGGCGGCCGCCCGACAAGUUGCCGACGACUCUCUAUCGCAUCACCCGCUAGAA